ACUAUUUUUUGCUAUCAAAAGCACGAUAAUUGCAGAGCAAAACGUCACCAAGAAACGAACAAAAUUAAAUUACCCCAGUUUCCCAAUCACAAUGCAUAUUGUAAUUAUGUAGGGGGAUUCAUGCUGGCUUUUAUUGUUUCAGAUAAAGAGACCCUACCACAAUGAACAACACAACGGAUCCAGUGAACAAUGAAUACUUAACAGAUGAUCAAAUUUAUGAAGCUUUGAAACAAAAUCAGUUCACUGUAAUUGGCAUUUAUGUUUUCGUUUUCCUUGUCGCUCUAGUUGCCAAUUUGCUCCUGAUUAUUAUUGUUGUAAAGGAUCGGUAUAUGCAAAAUGUCACGAAUUACUUCCUGGUGAAUUUAUCUGUAGCUGACCUACUAGUGACCCUCAUUUGUAUGCCCAACGCAGCCUGGAGAGCUUAUACGGAUGCAUAUAAUUUCGGAUCCGUGCCAUGUAAAAUAUUUGUUUACCUUCAAUGUAUUUCAGUAGCAAGCAGUAUAUUCACCAUCACAACAAUGGCAAUCGAUCGCUACUUGGCCAUAAUCCGUCCAUUUGGCCUUCGCUACCGCUGCUUCAAUCGAACUUCUACAAUUAUAAUGAUUUUCGCAUUGUGGACAUUUUCGUUGAUCCUGUUUCUGCCGAAUCUCUGGAUCGCAGGAUUGGUACACUACUAUGGAGAUGUUACACUUUGCAGAAUGGAUUACAGUAAUUCACCAAUACCGCAGGAUGUUAUCGGAGUGAUUUGGUUCAUUUUUAUGUUUGCCAUCCCGGAGAAAUCGAGUGAUGAGAUCCAGAAAGAGAGUCGCAUGCAUCUUACUUUUGCUAGCUGUGGUAUUUGCUGCUUGUUGGCUGCCUUACCACAUCAUGAACUUGGUAAUGAACAUAACAGGCCAUACAGAAGCAGAGUCCGUUAACGUAUAUCUCUUAUUGCUGGGCCACUCAAAUUCAGCAUUAAACCCGAUUAUUUACUGUGCUCUGUCCAGGAAUUUCAGAAAUUCAAUCAAGAGCCUGUUGAAAUUUAAAAUUCGAUGUAGGAGGAAGAAACACAACCCCAUGAACCAUUGGGCGGCCGACAGUUCAGGUUCAGGAUUUCAAGUUCCAGCCAACAAAGCUUUACCUUUACUUAAUCCUCCCAACGACUUUGGAAUCAGCAGGAGACAGUCCUCUCAAAAAACCAGGACUUGUGCGGUGUAGAUAACAGUGAAUUUAUCCAGUUAAAAAAAUCAAAAUUUUAUUAGUCAGAGUGUUCGAAUCACAGAGUGGUGUAUACAGUGUAAAUAGCAGAAAAUUAUCCAGGGGAAGCUUCCGAAAUUAAAUUAGUAUUAGAUUUUAUUCAAUAAGUUUUCAAAAUUUCAAAUUGUGUAGGAAGUGAUCAGUGGUCAUUUAAAGGUUCUUUGAUUAAGUUGACUUAGUUUCCAAUUAAUCAUGGUAAAAAAGUUCCUUUUUUAUAAAACUAAAAUAUGCGACUUUUGUAAUUUUAAACUUUUUAUAAACGGAACUAGUUUCAAGUAUAUUAUAAUUCAUGCAUCAACAUGUACAUAGUAAUUGUUAUAAUAUUUUUAUCACACUAUUGAUUUAUAAAGUUUACAGAGCAUUAAAAGUAUUUGUUUGCUAAAUAAUAAAACUACUUUACUUUGAAAUAUAUCAUGUAACAAACUGUGCAAAUAGAAAUUUAUUAGUGACUAUUAUAGCAUUGUGUUUUAUAAUUAACUACAUAUAAGUUUUAAAUUUAAGCGAGAAUAUGAAGAAUUAAAAAUUCAGAAGAAGUUCAGUUAUCUGAGGUUUCAAUUCUUGCAAUUUGAAUAAUUUUAUAAAAUAAUUAAACGAAUGUUAGUAUUAAGCCACUGUUUCUUGGAACAUUUUCCAUGUUCAUACAUACAUCCCAUAUAAAUAUUGUAAGUAGGCCAAUAAUAUGCGUCAAUAAACUAUCUGAAUGUAUAUUGAUUUCUAAAUGUUACAAAGACUUUACUGAUUUCUAGCUUCUUUUGCAAUUCGUUAGAUAAUAAAUUGUAAAACAUACUUAUAUUACUGAGAAAAAUCUGCAUUAUUGCUAUUAAAUGUGGUGUUUAAUAUUCAGCUGUAUAUAAAUGGUCAUAUAUUUUGUUUAAUAAAUCAGGGAAAAUUAUAA